CGGGCGGUGCCGUUUUUCUCCAUCCGGUGUGUUAGAACCUUUUCACGGCAGACGAAGAAUGGAGAGAGUCGCUAACGGCUGUUAGCGUGAAAACCUCAGCAACAAGGAGAGCGCAGGAAAGCCUCACAUGAAUCUCCCCCAGCGCUCGGUUAAAUUGGACCUGAGCGGAACACGAGCGGACUCCUGGUCGUGUGGAUUUAUCCCCGUGAAGGUCUCUACCUUCCUUGUGUGACAGAUGUCGAGGCCUAGCAACUGAUCGAGCUGAGAGGGUGAGGUCGGGGAGGCCCGCGGGUUAACGGCUCCAGCUUCUGGCCCAUGAGAGCGACUGUGCCAUCCAGGUGCCACCAGUAACCAGGGCUGUGGCUGCUGCGGUGGGCCCGGCCCAGGAGGCCUUCUUUCGUGCGUCACUCGAGGCUCCCGCUGACCAGUGCUGCGGCACGCCAUGGAUCAACAAAGAGAGAAAUAUGGCGAGCGGACGACCAGAAGCACCAAAGUUAACCAGGGAAACCGGAGCGGACACCGACCGUCGGGCUCCUCCAACACCUCCGGCGUUCUCAUGGUCGGACCUAAUUUUCGCGUGGGGAAGAAGAUCGGUUGUGGAAACUUUGGGGAACUGAAGCUCGGUAAAAAUCUGUACACAAAUGAGUAUGUAGCCAUUAAACUGGAACCAGUGAAGUCGAGGGCCCCACAGCUACAUUUGGAGUACCGGUUCUACAAAAGCCUGGGGACCACAGCAGAGGGAGUACCGCAGGUUUUCUACUUCGGCCCCUGUGGGAAGUACAAUGCCAUGGUCAUGGAGCUGCUGGGGCCGAGUCUAGAGGAUCUGUUUGACCUUUGCGACAGGACCUUUUCACUGAAGACCGUCUUGAUGAUUGCAAUUCAGCUGAUUUCUCGAAUGGAGUAUGUGCACUCUAAAAAUCUCAUCUACAGAGAUGUCAAGCCUGAAAACUUUCUCAUCGGAAGGCAAGGGAAUAAAAAGGAGCACAUCAUCCACAUCAUCGACUUUGGCCUAGCCAAAGAGUACAUCGACCCCGAGACCAAAAAACACAUUCCAUACCGGGAGCAUAAGAGCCUGACUGGUACUGCCAGAUACAUGUCCAUUAACACACACUUAGGCAAAGAGCAAAGCAGACGAGAUGACCUGGAGGCUUUAGGGCACAUGUUCAUGUAUUUUCUACGUGGGAGUUUACCUUGGCAAGGACUAAAGGCUGACACCUUGAAAGAAAGAUACCAGAAGAUUGGUGAUACAAAACGAAACACUCCUAUUGAAGUCCUCUGUGAGAAUUUUCCAGAGGAAAUGGCCACCUAUUUGCGGUAUGUAAGGCGGUUAGACUUCUUUGAAAAGCCCGACUACGAAUAUCUGAGGACUCUGUUUACUGAGCUGUUUGAGAGAAAAGGAUACACGUUUGACUAUACUUACGACUGGGUUGGGAGGCAGAUACCCACGCCGGUGGGAUCUGUCCAUAUAGACUCUGGUGCCUCUGCGGUAACAAGAGAGAGCCAUCCUCACAGAGAACGGCCCUCGCAGCACCCUCCGGUUCGAAAUCAGACGGCAGGCUCAGACCGACGAGGAGCAUGGGAGGUGCAGCCCACGCGGCAAGCAAACUCUUCCUAUCUGACCUCCCACCUGGCAGCGGACAGGCACGGGGGCUCAGUGCAGGUGGUCAGCUCAACCAACGGCGAGUUGAACGCAGACGACCCGCUGGCUCAAUCUAACACCCCGAUUACACCUCAGGCAGAUGUGGAAGUGGUCGACGAGCCCAAACUUCCUGAACAGCUCACAGAUAUUGAAAACAGCUAGUUUUGAUUCUUCUUCUGUCAGUAGAAACUUCCACACUAAAAACUAUUGUAAGCACAACACAAGUGCUGAUGUGGAGUGCGGUUUGCAAACCUGAAUGAAGCUAAUUUCUCAACUAAUCUUUCAAUAAUUAAACUUGAAUGUUAUUUAAAAUAUGUUUUCAUGAAAUGUUUUUUGCUUCAUUGUAUCACCAUAGGAUACAAAGGGUUGUGCUUUAAGUGUGGAUCAUCUACAAACUUCAUUUUCUGUUGGAUUCAAAAUUUCUGCCUGUAACAAAAAAACUACAGCAUGUU